GGAACAUUAUUUUUCAAUGUAUGAAACCGAUUGUUUAUCUUUGUGACGAAUUAAUUUUUCAUAAAUUCCUAGAUAUCCUUUAAACCCAUCGCCUUCUAGUUUGGAAAAACAGCAAUUGUUAUUACAAAUUAAAGUUAUUCUUCGAUACAUUAGUGAUUGAAACAAAGGGCUGCAACAAUGAUUCAUUAAAUCCUUGAGGUGGCCGUACGCGGCGUAAUUUAUUGGAGUCUUGCCCAAUGACAGAAAGCAAUAUAAACUUUUACGAUUUGUCUAUGUAAAAUCGAUUUAAAAAUUUGUUUCAUUUCAUUUCCAUUGUAAACAAGGAUUGAGUCAUUUUCCAAUAUUCUGCGAUUCACUGCAUUCACUACAUUGAUAAUAACCAAUUCUUAUCUGUGGAGCUGAUAAAGUAUCGAUCGCAAAUGAAUCUUUUGUUUUUUUUUUACGAAUGACAAUUUUUACAACAAUUAGAACAACUCGGGGAGUUUUGCGAUUAGGCGUCGUAUUCGUAAUGGAAAAUUGCCGAGCGACCUCUGUUAUUCAAAUUCAAAUCGAUGAGGUGUUUAUUUUUAGCGCGCACUUAAAAUAAAUGUAAUGAAGUAGGGGGAGGAUAGAGGAGGGUAGGAGGUAGCUGAGUGCAACUCCUACGCUCUGUCGAGAGGAUUUUAAUGAUGAAAAAAAAUUUUUUUUUCUGGGAUUAAUUGAGAUAAACCGGUUGUAAAUGGCGAACGCAGUAACAAGAGUCAUUUGCCGUUGUGAGGAUGCGCAGGAGCACAAGAAUCUCGAUUUGUCUGAAUGUCAGUUGAUGCAAGUACCGGAUGCUGUAUAUCACCUCAUGCGACACACCGAAUUAAAAUCCUGUGAUUUAUCUGGUAAUGUCAUCACAAAAAUUCCCCCAAAAUUUGCUGUCAAGUUUUCCCUCAUUACCGAGUUGAAUUUGAGUCAUAAUCAAAUGAGCAAAUUACCGGAAGAGUUGGCGGAACUUCAGGAACUGGAGAGGCUCGAUAUUUCUCACAAUACAUUUAUUGCACUUCCACCGGUUACUUGCCGGAUACCACAGUUGAAACGACUCCUCGCCAAUAAUAAUUCAAUUAUUGACGUGGAUGUAGAGAGAUUGAAACGAGCUCCAGCUCUGGAAUACGUCGAUCUCCGUGAGAACACAAUUCCUCCAAAAAUCCACGACCUCCUCGUCGUAAACCUUGGAAAAUUAAAAAUCGAAUUGACCCCACGACAAGUGGAAGACUGGGAGGAUCUCAACGUUUGAUCUUCACCAAAGCAACUUCAGUUUCAUCAUGUAUAUCUUAAGACAAUGGUGAUCAGCAAGGGCGUUUUAGUCUUUGCACUCCGAAUCCAACAGAAGAAUUAUAGGAAAAGCAAUGCAAUUAUGUUGUGCAAAAGAGGAACAUCAAUCGAAAUGAGAAGAAUGGAGUUCACGGAUUUCUAAUGGCGAAUCAUCAGGACUUAUUACAGGAAUCUUCGUACUUAAAUUACGUUCGUUGCAGAAACAGAUUCUUAUCGAUAAUUACAACAAUUGAUUCGUGUCCAAGAGAUGCAAAGCAGUUUAAUAUUUCUAAGACUUCGAUUUUUCUGGUAAUGCCAGAGUGAGAGAAAAAAUUCGUCUUAAACAGGUGAAAAGGUGUUGUUUAUUCGUUUGACGAUUAAUUAUUUGGAUUAAGAGAUCUGUUCAUCACUUUCAGGAAAAAAAUAUAUUUCUCAAGAUAAAAUUACUCAGGGAAUAUUUUAGUUGCGAAUUGACGAGUCACUGUCAUAUCAACAAAUUAUUGUCAUUAAGAAUUGAGUUUUUUUUUAAGUAGUGGACAGCCGACAUAGAAAAUUCCUCCGCUUUGUUUCGCGUGAAACAAUUAUUUUUUUGAGUCAAAAGUCGCUUUCAGCAACACGAAUUGAUGUUCCUCUUUCAUUUUGUCAAUGAAAAUUGCGUAUGUUUACGAUUUUACCUAGACAUUACUUCGACAUAAAAACUAUGACUGAAGUCGUACCUGUAAUGCGACAAAAAUCAGUUUUAGCAGUUUUUUAAAAGAGAUUGGUUGAUGAUACCUUCAUAAUGAAAUAUUAACGAAUGUAACUGGAAAAAUUUGCAAUCAUUUUAACAAUGAUAAUUUAGUACAGCGUUCUCAAAGCAGUAUUACACAGCUAAUGAGAUCUCAUGUACGAUUCAAAGACGAUUUUUAACUGACUAGAUACUAACAAAUAGGCUGAUAGGUUUUAUUUUUUUGAUUAUUUUGCAUACUACACCUGUACAUAAUAGAAAUAUUUGCACUGUACAAAUAUAUUUACUACCUUGUCGUUCGUCAAUCUAGGACUGCCAAAUAUUCAAAAAUGAUGAGUAAUGUUCAUUUUUUUUACGUGAAAAUUUUGAGGUUGUUCUCUUGCAAAGAGAUAUUUUCUCUCAAAUGCUCAAUUGUUUUACGACGUAAUAUUCAAAAUUAGUUUAUUGACAUUUGUAUGACGAAUAAUAAUGAGAUGUUUCGUAUUUAACAUGUAUUCUUUAUCUAGUCAAAUUACCCAUUGGGUGCACAAAAUAUAUUUACCAAUCGAAUGAAA